GCUGGCGCCCAGCCGGCCCCCGACGCCGCGGUCGACCGCCGACGCCGCGGUCGACCGCGGCGUCGAGGGCCAGAUGGUGUGGAUGCGCUGCUGCAACACGAGCGCGGCACGACUCUCGUGGAUGCCGUCCGCAGCCAUCAGCGUCUCCCUUGGCAGCGAUUGAAUCAUGCAUAUCUCAAUCACGUGUGGUGGCACGCCUGAUGCAUGACAUAUUUUGAGCAGACUGUUGUAUCAACCACUUCUCUUGCAUGCGCGCUUCGUAGCCGCAUUGUUUCACGCCCUCCAGCUCCGCUUGCGGAGCGAGGGGCCUCCGCGGGCUCCUCGACUGGACUUGACUUGACUUGGGCAGGGAGGAUUCCAAAGGCCUCGACAGCGGCCCGCGUUGAGAGCCUGAGAAGUCAAGCAGACAGGAAACUCGGGAAGCACUGACUCGAAUGAAGAAUCUCAGAAUGAGGCGCGUGGAUCUGGCAGCCUUGCUGGAGGCCUCCCAAAUGAGGCCGACAGCCGAUGCGGUCGGAGGAUCGCACCGCAUCGCCAAGGCAUCUGCGAUGCAGCGCGAUCCUCCGACUACCCUGGGGAAACCAAAAAAGACACCGAUACCGCUACUCCCUGGACCUCUCCCAAGGUGCGUUCUAACCAGAUGUUCGAGGCGACUCCAGCUGGGGCGACGAGGGCCUCCCAGGAGAUCCACAAAGGCGAACCCAGAGAUCCGAUGUUGCGAAAAAUGCAACGUCGCGAAACAUCACGAACGGAGCCCGAGACACCAUCUUUCUUUGGCAUUUUCUGAGCCAGAUCGAGCUGUGAUGGCCAGGGGCCCAGAACAGGGCGAGAUCGCCCGAUCUGCAAGAAAGACAGCGCCCGGAUCUCGGGGAAAACGAAGGAAGGGUAGCUGCAUCGGUACCUGGUUCUCCUCUUAUUACUCUGGCCCCGUUUGGAAGGGAACAACUCGCCCAGCUCAGAUGAAGCUGCUCACCCCAGCAUCCGCGCAUGGGCGGGUGAGCUGCCGCCAGGCAGCUCCGCAAUCGAACUUCUGGAGCGUGAUGCUGACCUUAUGGCCGGACGGGGACAGCUUCCAGCUGCACCUAAGCAGCGGUCCACGUCUGCGAAGAGGUGGGCGUGCACGUCACACGCGGCCGUCCUGGGCCACGGCGUGUAUCGCCAGCGCCUGCCGCCCGAACUGGACGUGUGCGUCUUGGAAGGACCGCAGGUCCUCGCCACACCCGGCCUCGCUGGCGCAUAUGUACCCUGGCCUUCACCGUGCCCCUCUCCCCGCCCUCGUCGGUGAAGAGGUAGGUCGUGAUCGGCACGCGGCCCUUGCCCUCCCGCAGCGCCCCCUCCAGCCGCCGCUCGGGAGCCUCGCGCGCGCCCACCGCGGUUUGCAGCGUGGGCGCCGCGGCCGCCACGGAAACGGCGGCCUCGGGGCGCCGCCCAGGGCCCCGCCGCCGCCGGGGCCGAACACGGCGUCCGCCGCGCCCUGGCAGGCCGAGAGCAGGCGCCCGCCCAGGGUGCGGCCCAGCUCGCCCGGCCUGCCACGCCUCGCCCUCCAGGGCCGCGGGCGCGCCGCCCGGCGAAGCAGCACCGGCGGGGGGCCACGGGGGCCAUAGGGCGAGGGCCUCGCUGCAGGAGCGGCGCCAUGGCGGACCGGGGGGCAUCGGAGGGGGAGGAGGAGGAGGGGGAAGAGGGGGGGAUGGGGAUCGGCUAAACUGCUUCAUCAGAGACGAGCUAUCGGAGCUCCGCGCGGAUUUCUUGGAUCGGCGCUGGAACUCUCUCCACGGCGCGCGGAGCGCGCCAGGGGCGGCGCCAGAGGCGGCGCCAGGGGCAGCGACGGAGGCGCCGCCGGGGAAACCCGGCGCAGAUCCGAGAAAUACGCGCGGACCUCCGAAAGCUUAUGUGUAUGCCGCGAUGUGCUCCUCGACCCUCGGAGGGCGCCAACUGUAUCCUGCACCGUGCCGCGAGGUUCGAGCUGGAGUGACCUCGGGUCCCUG